AUGUAUAGUAAUCAAUUUAGUAAUUUUAAAUAUAAAUCAGAGAUUGUGAAUGAUAGGGAAGUAAUAUCUAUUGAUAGUUCGAGUAGUGACAAUGGGAGUGAUUUAUUUGAAGAUAUAGUUGAUCUUGAGAGUAGAAAUGAUGGUCUGAACAAAAGUGUUGUUGGAAAUCAGGAGAACAAGAUUUUACAACAAUACUCUUAUAGUGGUGUCAAUUGUAGUAACAAAAAGAAUAAUAAUAAUAACAAUGAUGGUUAUCAUAGAAAGCUUCUACCGAUAUCACAAUCGAAUAUAAAUAGAUAUGUUACAACAACCACUACCACAACAACUACUACAACUAUGUAUAACAAGAGUUUUGAAAACGAUGAUACUGAGUUCAACUUUGAUUUCGAUGAUGAUCUAUUUAUUAACAAUAGUAAUAAUAGUAAAAAUAAUAAUAAUAUUAUUAUAAAUGAAUCAUCAAACUCUUCUUUUACAUUCUCACAGCUAUCGAAUGAAUCUUUUCAAAACAAAAAAAUAACAAGUAUUAGUGAUCAGAAUAGCAGUAGUAAUGAUAUGAAUGUGAAUGGUGACGAUUAUUUUGAUUUUCAAUUUGAUGAUGGUGAUGGUGGUGACGAUCUGAGUUUAUCAAAUAGUGUCCUUACAUCCCAAAAAGAGGAGUUUAAACAAAAAGAUAUAAAUCAUAAAGAAAUCAAUCCAAAACACCAAUUCUAUAAUAAUAUUCAUAUCAGUAUCUACAAAGAGUUGAUCAAAGUCCACAGAUCACUUUUAGUAUUAUCACAUUGUAUUUCAUAUCUCCCAGUUUUAUUACUCUAUAUUAUCAACAAGACAUACACAAACAAUGCAGGUAGCAACAAGAUACUAUGGAUCUCCAAAUCCUUGAAAGACAAAUCACAGAUCGAGUCGAUUCUCUAUAAAGAAGGUUUGCUCUCACAAUUCCAAUGCAUUUCAAGUACAACCAGUCAAGAAAUCAAAGCAGAUUCAUCAAUCAUCUAUAUGAGCAGAUCAACCAUAAAGAAAUUUGUUGAUGAUUAUAGAAUCUUUAUAAAAGAUUACAAGUUUAUUAUAUAUGAAAUGGUUGGAGAUAACAUAGAGAAUGAAAGACAAGAUUAUCAAAGAAUCAUUGGAGACUACAACAGUUCUUUGUUAAUGGUAUCCGACCAGCAUUCAAAAGACUAUUCUCAAUUCUUUAAAUAUUUCAGAGUAGAGGCAGUACCUAUUAAGAGACUGCUUACAGAUAUUUCCAAAGUUAUCGUUGAAAAAUCAUAUCGUUUAAAUUCAAAGAAACUCUUUACAUCACCUCUAUCACACUCAUCAUUACCACUAAGAAAGUUACCCUAUUCACAAACUGACGGUACAUCUGAUUCAGAAAUUAAAGAAGUCCAGUUCUUGAAUAGCUUGUUGGUUAGGCUCAUCAAUCAAGGAAUAUAUUUAACUCAAUUAUACAUUAAUUCUCAAAAAUACUAUCGAUUAUCAAAGGAAACAGAGACUAUUUUAGAAUCAAUUAGUUUAUAUAGUUCAGAGAUUGAAGCUGGUAUAUUGAAUGACCAUCCAAAGUUUGAGUGCCUAAGACAAUUUAUACAAAGCCAAUUGCAAAGAUACAUUGAUGACCCAUCUACAUUCCUAAAAGUAAAGUAUUUCAUUAGACUCUACAAAAAUCAUCAAUUAGCUAACUGGGUUAUCUUUAGAUACUUAUUAUAUAAACUCUGUGUUACUUCAAAAUCAGUUCCCGUUCUAUUUGGAGAAGAAAGAUCGUUCAUAGAUACACAUAAGCAGUUGAGAUGUUUAGAGUUUGGAAGUGGAGAGCAUUUACAGCAGUUAUAUCAACCAAUUAAUUUGAAGAGACUGACUGCCAACGGUAGAAUCGAUAGUUUAAAGAAGCAACAAGUUACCAACAAUAUCAAUAUCUAUGAAUCGGACGCCAGUGAAUACGAUAUGCCAUUCCUGCAACUAUCGCACCACAUUACAAUCAUAGCUGGUGAACUACUUCUUGGAAAGUAUCAGUUGGUUCAAUUUCUAGAUAAAGAGCUCAACAUAUCGUUGGUAGAGCGAUCUGUUGAUGACGCACAUAUCAUUCUCGACGAGUCGAAUUGCCUAAUGAUAUUCGAUGAUCUUAUCAGUCUAAAUCGAAAAGAAACAACUAGCAGCAUCAUUAGAAUAUCACUUCAGUACUCUCAUCUUUGGAUAGUUUUACAAGUUAACGACCGAUCUCUUCAGUCACAACAAUCAAAGGAAAUCAUUAGAGAGCUCAACGGAUUACUUAAUUAUCUAGAUAUCAAAGUUUCCAUUCGAUAUACGUUUUCAUACCAACAAACAGCUUCAUUGAUAAGAGAAAUAUGUGAGACUAUACCUACCAACAACCAAAAUUGGAGUAAUAUAGAAAUAUGGUCAAAUAGGAAAUGGUUAAUGGAGAAUGAAACUUUGCAUGAGCGAUUAUUAUCUAGAAUACCGGGAUUGAAUUCAUUUGCAGCCCAACUAUUACUUACAUGGACAAAUCUAUCAUACUUUUUAAAGUCUGACAUUCAAACACUUUCGAAUGAAUUCAAAUGGAUAUCUGCUAAAACAUGGAGUUUUGUUGAAAAGUUAAUGAAUCUCCCUAAAGAAAACAACAACAAACCACAAUCUAAAAAACAAAAAAAUUCCAACACAACCAGCAGUAUUAGCAAUAAUAGUAAGAUAUCAAAGAAACCGACGCUACUACAACUUAAACAAACUAAAUUGGAUCAAUUCUUAAAGCAAAGGUUAGUAUUAAAACUACUCUACUCUACUCUACUUCACUUCACUUCACCAUCGACAAAGGCAUUCGACUCGACUCGACUCUUCUUUCUACUUAGCAUAAAACCGACUUGCUCACUCUUUGCAUAUAUCUUGGUCUUUAAUUCUACUAGGAUUUACGGAAUUCUGGUUACACAAAACGAUUCUUUUAUGUUGAGUAGUGGUAGCAAUAAUAGCAGCGGCAAUGGUGUUGCUCCAACUUCAUCCUCGUCCGCUGCUGUAGCAAACUCCACUCCUACAACAUCGUCCAACAACACCUAUCAGAUUUCACAACAUAAUACUCCAGCAAAAACAAUGAUUUUUCAUAACAACAAUAAUAAUCAAAAUCAAAAUAAUAAUAAUAAUAAUAAUCAUAGUGGCAGUUUGAAUGGAAGUGGUAGUGUUGGUAAUGGUGGUUAUCAGAUGAUAUUCUCUCCUGCGCUCAGCUCCUCUUCAAGUUCAGGUUCGCUGAUUAUGUCAGAUACCGCAUCGACUAUCAAUGAGAAUUACACUCAGGACGAAGAUACCGAAGACGACUAUGACUACGAUGAAUACUACGACGACGACGACUUGUCUUCGAAUCUGUCCUCAUCGACGACAAUCACUAACAAUAACGGUGGCGGUUCAUCGGGCAAAGGAAGACUCAACUCAUCAUCUCCACAGCCAAAGGAAAAGAAUCACAGUCGUGGCAAAUGGACACCGGAGGAAGAUGAAAUCCUGCGGAAGGCUGUCUCUGACAACAACCAUAAGAACUGGAAAAAGAUUGCUGAGCAACUACCGGGUCGUACCGAUGUACAGUGUCACCAUCGCUAUCAAAAAGUACUGCAUCCAUCACUGAUCAAAGGUGCUUGGACCAAGGAGGAGGAUGACAAGGUUCGCGAACUCGUUGCCAAGUUUGGCGCAAAGAAAUGGUCAGAGAUUGCGCUCCACCUGAAGGGACGUAUGGGCAAGCAAUGUCGUGAGCGUUGGCACAAUCAUCUCAACCCAAACAUCAAACGCGACGCUUGGACAACCGAAGAAGACAAAAUCAUCAAAGAGAUGCAUGAUAGGUACGGUAAUAAGUGGGCAGAGAUCGCCAAGCAUCUGCCGGGUCGAACUGACAACGCCAUUAAAAACCAUUGGAACUCCUCAAUGAAGAGAGUCACAACCAAGAAGGAAACUACCACACAGAAAAAGUCAACAGGAACCAAUGGUAGUAGUCGGAAACGUAAAACAGAUUCACAUGAUAAUAAUAAUAAUAGUAACAAUAAUAAUAAUAAUAAUAACAAUAGUAACAAUAAUAAUAAUAAUAAUGAUAGUAACAACAACAAUAAUCAUAAUAAUAAUAAUAAUUUUGAAAUGUCAACUCAUUUGGUUUCACCAUUUAAAGAAGCUAAUCUAAAUCUUAGUCUUGAUGUGCCAUCACUUCAACAAUAUAUCACUGGUAUCAACUCAUCACCAAAACAAAAAGAAUCACCAUUAAGAAUCAAUAAUUUAACUCAAGAUCAUCACUUUCAAAAUAUUAUUACACCAAUUAAACCAUUUUCCAAUCCUGGCAACUCCAAAAAGAAGGCGAGAAUAGACUUUUCACCAUCGAAACAAACUGAUAUUUUUAAUUCAGAUUUACCUCUUCCAGAUCUAUUACUAUUUUCUCCGAUUCAAAAGGUACAUGAUCGAUCGAUUCUAGAGACUUCUGAGCUGUCACCUCUCAAAUCACCCUUUCACAAUACAUUUUUCGAUACGCCCUACAAGAAUGCGUCGUUAUACGACCACUAUUUCGACUCACCAUCCAAAUUCCAGCCGUUCAGUCCAUUCAAGAGCAAUCCUUCACACUCUCUGCCUUCAUUCAAUGUUUUAUCACCAUCUCAACCCAACAACAACUAUAACAAUUCAUUCUAUCACAAAAACCCAUCGACACCCAAUGCCAUUUUACCUUCAAGUCCUUACCAUUCGCUCUCGUUGAUGUCACCCUCCAAACAAUAUCAAGCACUGCCGCAACCAACAACAACAACUACAACAGCAACCUCCUCGAUUAUAUCUGCGCCAACCAGUCAAUACAGCUCUCUUAGUGGUAAAUUUGAUUCGUCACAUCGUAAAAUCAUUGGUAUUCAACUCUCGGACAAGGGAAUCGACAAGAACUCGCUUAACACUAUCAACUCUAAACUGAAGGGAAUCGAUACAUCGGCAACCUCCACACCAUCAUCCAUCUCCAGUAGUGACCAACAUAAUACAAGCGGUAACAAUCUCUUUGUUCCAACAACACCAUUCAAAGAUCCACUGCCACUGUAUCACAACAGUCCAAGCGCUCAAUUCUUAUCAAACAACAGUUCUGCCUUUUCAACACCUGGCAGUAGUCGUGACAGAUCAAGAAUGUCUCAGAAAUACCAACAACCAUUGUUUUUUGAUCAAGAUACAAAUCCAAGUCCAUAUAAGAAAUCUCAGCAACAACAACAACAAUCAUAUAAUAGUGAUACUAGCAGCAAUCAUGAUAACAUUAAUAACUCAGUACAAAAUAAUAAUCAUAAUAACAAUAAUAUUAAUGAAUCUGUAAACAAGAAUAUGAAUAUUAUGUACAAUGAACAAAGUGACUGCUCCAGUGCCAAUACAACUCCGAGCGACUGUUCAUUUGAAGCACUUAAACUUUUGAAAGAUAAUUCUAAACAUUCGAUAUUUACUAGGGCCAAGCAAAUCCUUGAGCGAUCUAACGAUCAGACACUAAAGAUAUCCAACAUUAGCAUAUCCGAUAUUCAAGUGCCAUCUUCACCAUCCACCUCUGUUUCCAACUUUAUUUAUAUUCUUACACCCUCAUUGAUGAGAAAAUCAUCAAUGACCGAAAACAACAAUAACAACAACAACAAACCACAUCAACAACACUCAACAACAACGACAACAACUAAUACUAACAAUAAUAAUAAUCAUAAUAAUAGUAACAACAAUAAUAAUCAUAAUAAUAAUAAUGGUAAUGCACAACCAAACUCGUUAGCAACAGCUCCACAACAACAACAACCCAAUACUAAUAACUUUAAUUAUAAUCAAUCACUUCACACAACAGCAGUCAGCCAACUCUUAAAACCAAAAACUUGUAAACAAGGUAAACAAUAA